AUGAAUUUGGGAACCACCUGCGUACACCGUCACCAAAUUAUCCACGAAUUCAUGCACGCCGUCGGAUUUUACCACAUGCACAGUGUUCCAGACAGGGACAACUACAUUACAAUUUACCCCCAAAAUAUUAUACCAAGUGAGCUUUUCAAUUUUGACAUAAUACCAGCGAAUAGCGAAACAAGCUUCGGAUACCCAUACGACCUCUGUAGCAUCAUGCACUACGAUCCGUACGCGUUCUCGGCGAAUGGCUUGAUGACAAUACAACCGCAUACGACGCCAAACUGCAACAUGGGAUGGGUCGAAGAUUUGAGUCCGAUCGAUGUCGGCAAACUUAGGGCCAUGUAUUGCCCUAUUGGUAAAAAAUAA